GGUAGGCAGUGGGGCGGAGCCCCAGGUUGGGGAGGAGCGGGUUUUUCCCGUCUCCCCUGAGGUGAUUCACGGAGAGACUUCAGACUUUGCGGCCCUCUUGUUCUACUUGGAGUAGAUAUCUCCAGCGGGCCACCUGACCCAAGGGUGCCUUGGGAACUGGUCUGCCGCAUGUGAUGAAAGUAUCUACUCUCAGGGAAAGCUCGGCUAUGGCUUCCCCAGCGCCCCGGGAGAUGGAGGAGGAGCUGGUGCCUGCUGGCUCCGAGCCAGGUGACCCUCCGGCCAAACCCCCUGUCAAGCCCAAACCCCGGGCCCUACCUGCCAAGCCAGCCCUGCCUGCAAAACCCAGCCUGCUGGUGCCUGUUGGGCCUCGGCCUCCCCGGGGUCCCCUGGCUGAGUUGCCUUCUGCCAGGAAGAUGAACAUGCUAGCAGGACCCCAGCCCUACGGUGGCAGCAAGCGUCCCCUUCCCUUUGCACCAAAGCCUGCAGCUGAGACCCCUGCUGGAGGAGAAGCCACCCAAGAGCCUGGGAAAGAGGAGCUACCUCCUUUGACACCUCCAGCUCGAUGUGCCGCCCCAGGGGGCGUGAGGAAGGCCCCUGCCCCUUUCCGUCCAGCCUCAGAGCGCUUUGCAGCCACCACAGUGGAAGAGAUCCUGGCCAAGAUGGAGCAGCCGCGGAAGGAGGUCCCUGCCAGCCCUGACCGCCUCUGGGGCUCCCGCCUCACCUUUAACCAUGAUGGCAGCUCACGAUAUGGCCCCAGGACCUAUGGCAUGGCCACUGGCCCUAGGGAUGAGGAUGGCAGGACCCUGUCUAGGGGAUGGUCCCAAGAGGGGCUGGCAAAGUCUUCCGCAGAGUGUCAGCAAGAGCACAGCAAGACCCCCGAGGAGAGGAUCCUCCCUUCUGACCUGGCUGUCAAUGGAGACCUGGCUAAGCCAGCCAGCUCUGAGCCACCUGCUACUGUUUCCAAGCCCCAGGUCUCCUCAAGUCCAAGUCCUGCUUCAGAGAAUGGAGACUCUGGCAGCCCAGGCCUCCAUGCUGAAGCCUUAGGCCCUGGCAUGGGGCCUCUCCAUCUUCGCUUGCCUAAUGAGAGCUCUCUUUGCCACUCUCAGCUUCCUGAAUCCCAGAGUCUCACAGCUUCUGAGACUUCUCCUUGCCUACCCACAACUCCAGCAUCCCCAAGUGCAGCCAUGGCUGAAGAGGGCCCCUGUCAUACCCCUAGCCCGGGGCUUCCUGCUGAGGGAGCUCCAGAGGACCCCAGACCUAGCAGCCCCCCCCUUGAGGAGAUCACAGAGUCCCACAGCCCAGAGCAGCCCCCAGCCUUCUCAGAUCGGCCCUGGAUUGAGGGGGGUGAGUUGCUGGAUCCUGCUCGGACGUUUCCAUCUGGGGAGGAAGAGGCAUCCAAAGGUGAUGCAGCUCUCUGCUCCGGUAGCCGGGCUCAGCGCCGUUUCUCUGAAGGUGUGCUCCAGCCACAUGGCCAGGACCAGAAACUGGGAGGCUCUCUGGCUUCACUGCCUCAAACCCAGGGGAGCCAAUCAGCCCUGGAUUGUCCCUUUGGGGCAGAGUCCAACUGGAGCUUGUCACAGUCCUUUGAAUGGACCUUUCCCACGCGGCCGUCUGGUUUGGGAGUGUGGAGGCUGGACUCCCCACCCCCUUCCCCCAUCACUGAAGCCAGUGAGGCAGCUGAGGCCGCUGAGUCUGGCAAUUGGGCUGUGUCUAGCAGGGAAGAAGGAGUGUCCCAGCAGCAGCAAGGGAAUAGGUCAGCUCUGGGGAGGCCAGGAAGGCCUAGUUCCUGGGUGCAGGGGGAGGAUUCAGAUAUCUCCCUGACACAGAAGGGUGAUGGAGAGAGUCAGCCUCAGUCCCCAGUUCUCCUUGAAGCCCUCUCUACAUCUGGGGGUACACCUGCAGUGUCCUUGCUGCAGGCAGAGGAGAGAUAUGAAGAUCGUGAGCCCUUGGCUGGAGAGGAGUCUCCCCUCCCUCAGGCCACCAGGGAGGCAGCCCUCCCCAUCCUGGAGCCAGUCCUGGGGCAGCAGCAGUCAGCACCCCCCGACCAGCCCUGUGUCCUCUUUGCUGAUGCCCCUGGCCCUGGGCAGGCUCUGCCUGUUGAGGAGGAAACCAUGACUCUAGCUCAGGCCGAGACCACUCAACCCAGGACAGAGGCACAAGACUCCUAUAGGGCAUCUCCUGAGCCUACGGGCCCAGAAAACAGCUCUCGCUGGUUGGAUGACCUCCUGGCUUCGCCACCACCCAGCUCUGGCAGCACAAGGCGGGGAGCAGGCUCUGACCUGAAGGAUACACAGUCCCCUGGUGCCUGCUCUGAGGGACUCCUUGGCUGGGCCCAGAAAGAUCUGCAGAGUGAAUUUGGAAUCACAGCGGAUCCACACCCCAGUGGUUUCAGCUCUUCUAGCUGGUGCCCAAGUGCUACUCAGGACUAUAGUCUUGGAGGCUUAAGCCCUAGAGGAGACCCAGGCCUUGGAGAAAGGGACUGGGCCAGCAAGUAUGGGGGGCAAGGAAUGGGGAAAGGAAACACCAGGGAGUGGGCCAGCAGGUGUGGCAUCAACCACGAGGAGGUUGAGGCCAGCAGUGGCCAAGACCAGAGUGAAGUGUCUGCUCCUGGGGGCCUCCCGGCCCGAGACCUGGUUGUUGGAAAGCCAGCCCAGCUUGGCACUCAGCGGAGCCAGGAAGUGGACAUUCAGGACUGGGAGUUCAGAAGGAGGGAUUCCCAAGGCACUUACUCCAGUCGGGAUGCAGAACUCCAGGACCAGGAAUUUGGGAAGCGAGACUUGCUGGGUACUUACAGCAGUAGAGAUGUAAGCCUGGGGGACUGGGAGUUUGGGAAGAGAGAUUCUCUGGGUGCUUACACCAGUCAGGAUGAUGAUGAGCAGGGUCAGGAAUCAGGAAGGAAGGACCACCUGGGCAGGUAUAGCAGCCAGGAUUGCGAGGAGCAGUGCCGGGAGUUUGAGAAGAGAAAUUCUUCACUUGGCACCUAUGGCAGCCAGGGCACAGAACCUCAGGACCAGGAGUUCGGGAAGAGUGCUUGGACGAUGGACUACAGCAGCGGUAGCAGCUCCAGGACCCUCGGCACCCAGGACAGAGGCUUUGGAAUGAGAGCCCUGAGCUCUGGGUUCAGCCCUGAGGAAGCCCAGCAACAGGAUGAGGAAUUUGAGAAGAAGGUUCCCAGCGGUGAAGACAGCCUUAGUGAGGCUAGUGGGGAUGCAGGCCGGCCAGAAGAGAGAGAUGUGGGGGGCUUAUUCAGUCCCACCACCUCCCGGUUGCGGGAUGGGGCACCUGGACCCAGAGAGCAGACCACCUGGCAAAAUGAUGAGGCCCUCCAGGAGGUGGGGGGGCUACAGGAGAGGCAGCAGGCAGGGGCUCAGAGCCCUGGUGAUGCCAGCCUGGAAGACAGGGAGAAGGGGAAACGAGGCUGGGCCGGUGAGUUCAGUCUCGGUGUUGCCCCCCAGCCAGAGGUGGCAUUUAGCCCACAGCCGCAGGACUGGAGUGGGGACGUCUGUAUGGAGGCCACUGAGAGAAGCUAUCAGUUUGGCAUCAUUGGCAAUGACAGAGUGAGUGGUGCUGGCCUGAGCCCUUCCAACAAGUUGGGAAGUGGUCACUUCGUGCCUCCUGAGAGGACCACGGCUGGGCCUCUGGACUGGACUGACCAGCUGGGUCUCAGGAACUUGGAAGUGUCCAGCUGUGUGGGUUCAGGGGGCUCAAGUGAGGCCAGGGAAAAUACUUUGGGACAGAUGGGCUGGUCAGACAACCUGGGGUUGAGAGACGUGGAGCUGGCCAGCCAUUUGGAAAGUGGAGGGGCCGAAGAGCCCAGGGGGAUUAGAGGUGGGGAGAAGGACUGGACUUCUGAUGUUGGGGUGAGGAACAGAGAUUUGACUGAGGUGGGAGAAGUGGGUCACAGCCAGGCCAGGGAGAGUGGUGUGGGGCAGACUGACUGGUCAGGGGUGGAGGCCGGAGAGUUCCUUAAAUCAAGGGAGCGUGGAGUUGGACAGGCAGACUGGACCCCUGACCUCAGCCUGAGGAACAGUCUUGGAGAGCCCAGAGAGCUGGGGGUGGGCCAGAUGGAGUGGGGUGACAGCCUGGGUUUGAGGAAUUUGGAGGUGCCCUGUGACUUGGAGUCUGGAGGUUCCCAGGAGCCACGGGGAUGUGGAGUGGGGCAGAUAGACUGGGCCCAGGAAUUGGGGCCCCGGAAUCUGGAGCUCUUCGGGGCCCCAAGUGAAGCUAGGGAGCAUGGGGUGGGAGAGGUCAGCCAGUGCUCAGAGCUUGGCCCUGGGAACAGCAGUAGCUUGUCCCCUGGCCUGGAGACCAGAGACCUCGUGGUGGGCAGGGAGCUGGGGGUCGGUGAGACAAGUGAGCCGGAGAUCCAGGGUGAGGACAGCUCUUUGCCUUCCUUGGAGACUCGCCCUGAAGACACCAAAAUGGAGACAGGAGAAGCCUCCGGCUUUGGAACCAGCCCUGAUGGGUGCCCAGCCCGCUCUCCACCCUCUGGCUCCCAGAGCCUGCUGGGGGAGAUGCUGGCCCGGCAGGAGUUGGCAGUCUCAGGCCUCAGGGUCCAGCUGGAGGAGGAAGGUGCCACAGUAGGUGCUGACCAAGAGGUGCCUCUGGAGCCCGACAGGGACCCUCUGCCCUCCUGGAGGCCACAGCCUGAUGGUGAAGCCAGCUGGUCAGAAGAUACGGAUGGCACUGGGGACUCUUCAGGGCCUGAGCGGGCUGUGCAAGGUUUGGCCCAGACGCCUCGGCACCCUUCCCGAGGACCUCUGCCCAGCACCCCCAGUCAGGAUUUCUCCUUCAUUGAGGACACUGAGCUCCUUGACAGUGCCAUGUACCGGAGCCGUGCCAACCUGGGGCGCAAGCGUGGGCACCGGGCUCCAGCCAUCCGGCCUGGAGGUACCCUGGGCCUGUCAGAGGCAGCCGACUCGGAUGCACACCUGUUCCAGGACUCCACGGAGCCACGGACUGCUCGGGUGCCAUCUUCUGAUGAAGAGGUAGUGGAGGAGCCUCAGAGCCGCCGGACGCGGAUGUCCUUAGGCACCAAGGGGCUGAAAGUCAAUCUCUUUCCUGGCCUGAGCCCGUCAGCCCUGAAGGCUAAGCUGCGCUCCCGGAACCGCUCAGCUGAGGAGGGGGAGCUGGCGGAGAGCAAGUCGAGCCAGAAGGAGUCUGCAGUGCAGCGUUCCAAGUCCUGCAAGGUCCCGGGGCUGGGGAAGCCCCUUACGUUACCUCCCAAGCCAGAGAAGUCCUCAGGGUCAGAGGGAUCAUCACCCAACUGGCUGCAAGCCCUGAAGCUGAAGAAGAAGAAGGUCUGAGAGUCACUGAGGUGAGGGCAGGGCCUCUCCCAUCUGGCAGUCUCAGGCAGUGCCUGUUCCUGAGGGAUCCCCGGCAAGGAGACGGCUGGAGCCCCACCAUACCCUAGGCUGCAGCUUCUGUCCCCCUCCACCUCUGAGGAGUGUCUGGGGAGGCACAUUUAUGCACUUUGUAUCACCUCCCCAAUCCCUUACCCUGCACCUUCCCUCCUAGCCUUGGUUCUGUCCCUAGUGGUUGAAGGUUUUUGUUCCUUUCCCUUUCUGCUUCCUCCUUCAGCCUCCCUUGGGUUUUCUUUUGAUACCAAUUUAUAGCAUUUUUUAUAAAAGCCUUUGAUUUUUGUAAUGGGCAGAGCUCUACCCCUGCCCCAACCCAGGUCUUUCUCUGCCCCACCAGGUGCCCCACAGAGACCAAUGACAUUUUGCCACUUGAAACAAUAAAGUUUUUUGGGAAUUGG